GAUUCGGUACUCCGAUAACUCGGCGCAAGUAAAACAUCUCACGUAAAUACCCGCUAUUUUUUUUUUUUUUUUCCCUAUCAACUGAUAUAAUAAGUGGGCUUACUUUCCUUGAGAAUCAAAGAGAAAUGCUCAUGAUCCUAGGAUUAUGCCAGCAACUAGAAGCAGUAGCGGAAGAUGUCUCCAUCUCUUGGAGAAAUGCAAGAGCAUGAAGCAACUAAAGCAAGCUCAUGCACAGGCAAUCGCAUGCGGCCUAGGCAACAACUCCUUUACGUUAAGCAGAAUCUUAGCCUUCUGUUCAGACCCAAAUCAUGCAAGUCUUAGUCAUGCAUGGAAAAUCUUUCAACACAUUCAACAGCCUACCAUUUGUAUAUACAACACCAUGAUUAAAGCUCUUUUGCUCAAAGGUGAACUUUUUAAUAUUUUUAAUCUAUAUUCUACUAUGUUACAAAAGGGCAUGUAUCCAGAUACUUAUACAUUGCCUUAUGUGUUAAAAGCUUGUGUAAAGUUUGAAUCUUGCCUUCUUGGUGAAUUAGUACAUGUGUAUUGUUUAAAAUUAGGUUUUUCUGUUAAUGCUGUAGUUGGUAAUUCGUUGAUUUUGAUGUAUUGCGGAUUUUGUAACAUGAGAGCUGCUAGAUACGUGUUUGACGAAAUUCCUGGUCCAUGUGUUGUAUCAUGGACAUUAAUGAUCUCUGGGUUUGCUAAAGUAGGUGAUAUUGAGUCUGCAAGAUUGUUCUUUGAUGGAGCUCCUAGGAAAGAUAGGGGAAUAUGCGGUGCCAUGAUUUCUGGAUAUGUGCAAAAUAAUUGUUUCAAGGAGUGUUUGUAUAUGUUUAGCAUGAUACAGUUGACUGAUAACGUGCCUGAUGAGGGUAUUUUCUUGAGCAUUCUUUGUGCUUGUGCUCAAUUAGGUGCUUUGGAUACUGGGAUUUGGAUUCAUAGAUAUAUGGAUAGACUGGGAUUGCCUUUGACUAUCCGUUUGAGCACAGGUCUCAUUGAUAUGUAUGCAAAAUGUGGGAAUGUGGAUUUGGCUAAGUCACUGUUUGAUGAAAUGCCUCAAAGAGACACAGUUUGUUGGAAUGUUAUGAUUUCUGGUUUAGCAAUGCAUGGUGAUGGAGAGGGUGCAAUCAAUCUGUUCUUGAAGAUGGAGGAGGCUGGAUUUAAGCCUGAUGAUGUUACAUUCAUAGCUAUUUUAUCUGCUUGUAGUUAUUCUGGCAUGGCAUAUGAAGGUUUAAGAGUAUUAGAUAGAAUGUGCAACGUGUAUAAUAUUGAGCCUAAAAGUGAACAUUAUGGAUGUAUAAUUGGUCUGCUUAACCAAGCAGGCCUCCUUCAUGAAGCAAAAGAUAUAAUUGAGAGAAUGCCUACUUCGAGCAGCUCCUCUGAAGAAGCAGUAGCUUGGAGAGCAUUACUUAGUGCUUGCUGCAACCAGGGACAAGCUCAAUUAGCUGAAGUUGCAGCCAAGAGACUUCUGCAGUUAGAACUUCAUAGUGGGGCGUAUGCUCUGCUUUCAAAUUUGUAUGCAGCUACCGGGAAAUACGAUGAUUCCAAAAGAAUAAAGAAAAUGAUGAGAAACAGAGGGGUUAAUAAAUUACCUGGUUGCAGUUCAAUCAAGAUCAAUGGUAUCAUCCAUGAGUUUGUUGCAGGAGAAAAAAAUCACAAACAGAUAGCAGAUAUAGAUUUAGUUAUGGAGAAGAUGAACAGGGAAUUGAAAUUCUUAGGAUGUAAUCCCUAUCCACUUCUUAUUGAUCAGACAUGACAGAUUCUUUAUUGAAUGUUGUGUACACCAUUAUUUUUAUAUUGUGUUGAUUUAGUGAUUGGUUACUUAGCCUAA